CCCACAUCAAUCAUUUACAGGCCAGCUAGGGCUACUGCGGCCCGAGGAGGGGGGAUGGUACGGAACUCGAGACCGGGGACAACUCUAUCCCCCAAGGCGGCCGCGAAACACUAGCGGGGGAGGCCCCCGCCCUCCCUCGGAACGGUUGCUUCGAAUCAGGUCUUUUCUUGAAUCUGCAGCGACGCCCCCGGCGCGUGCACAAAGGCUCCGACGGCGGCCGGCGGGGACUGCCGAGCGCGCCGGAGCCGGCGCCAGAGGUCGCCUGUGCGCGCCCUAGCCAAGCCCCAGGCACCAUGCCGCGGCGCCUGCAGCCCCGGGGCGCGGGCACAAAGGGCCCGCCGGCCACGACCGCCGCGGCUUCGGAGGCGGCCUCAAGUUCCCACCCCUCCGCCUCCGGGGACCCUCCAGCAUCGGCCAAGCCGCUGCUGCGCUGGGACGAGGUUCCCGACGACUUCGUGGAGUGCUUCAUUCUGUCGGGCUACCGGCGGCUGCCAUGUACCGCGCAGGAGUGCCUAGCCUCGGUGCUGAAGCCUACCAACGAGACGCUCAACUUCUGGACGCACUUCAUCCCGCUGCUGCUAUUCCUGAGCAAGUUCUGCCGCCUGUUCUUUCUGAGCGGCCAGGACGUGCCCUUCCAUCACCCGUGGCUGUUGCCUCUGUGGUGCUACGCGUCGGGCGUGCUGCUGACCUUCGCCAUGAGCUGCACGGCGCACGUGUUCAGUUGCCUGUCGCUGCGCCUGCGCGCUGUCUUCUUCUACCUGGACUACGCGUCCAUCAGCUACUACGGCUUCGGCAGCACAGUGGCUUACUACUACUACCUGCUGCCGGGCCUGAGCUUGUUGGACGCCAGGGUGAUGACACCGUAUGUGCAGCAGCGCCUGGGCUGGCACGUGGACUGCACGCGCCUCAUCGCCGCCUACCGCGCGCUCGUGCUGCCAGUGGCCUUCGUGCUGGCCGUGGCCUGCACAGUGGCCUGCUGCAAGAGCCGCACAGACUGGUGCUCUUACCCAUUCGCGCUUCGCACUUUUGUGUUUAUCAUGCCCCUCAGCAUGGCCUGCCCCAUCAUGCUCGAGAGCUGGCUCUUUGACCUGCGCGGCGAGAACCCCACGCUCUUCGUGCACUUCUAUCGUCGCUACUUCUGGCUGGUGGUGGCCGCCUUUUUCAAUGUGAGCAAGAUCCCCGAGCGCAUCCAUCCAGGCCUCUUCGACAUUAUUGGCCAUAGCCACCAGCUCUUCCACAUAUUCACUUUCCUUAGCAUCUAUGACCAGGUGUACUACGUGGAGGAGGGCCUGCGCCAAUUCCUCAAGGCGCCGCCUGCGGCGCCCACCUUCUCUGGCACAGUGGGCUACAUGCUGCUGCUGGUGGUCUGUCUGGGACUGGUCAUCAAGAAGUUCCUAAACAAAACCGAAUUCUGCAGUAAAAAGUGAACCUCCGCCUUGGAGGAGGCUGCUGGUUUGCCCACCUAUUUGUUUGGAGUUUCUGUUGUUGCUGUUGUUGGUUUGUUUUCAAGUUUUGUUUUGUUUCCUUCUUUGCUCAAGGAAGGUGCUGCAAAACCACAGGGAAAAAGUCGAAUGCAACAAGGGGGUCUCAGUGCACUUGGGGGCUUUGGAAGAGGGAGAUAUGGUUCAAGCAAGAGGGAGAGUGCCACUGGUUCUUGCCCCUGGAAAAAAAAUUCGGGUGGUCUUUCUGACAUCCAGGGGUUUUUCAAAGGGAGUGAGUAAAAUCCCAAAUAAAACCCCGAACAGUUUGGUUUUCCAGUCAUCUUCUGCACCAGUGGUAAUGAGGAGUAGUCCUGGUGAGGUCAGAUAUGCAGUAAAGAGGGUAAGUAGACAAAAUCCCUGGGUGCUUCCAUUUCGGUCUGAGGAAUGCUUGGAUUUGUAAAAAGAAUGGAGCUUUGUAGGAAAUGGGCACAAAGACACAAACCCAGGGCUUAACCUACUAGAAAAUGCAUGGAAUGUGAACACAAAUUAUUUCAAAAUGUUUCUCAGAUGUUAUUUAAAUAGUAAUAUAUACAAUGAUUUUUCACAACUUAUCAAAGCCUGUGAUAUGCACUGAAUUUUCUUUGUUACAUAGUUUUGAAUUUUGCAGCCCUUCUGCAUUGCAUACACUUGAACUGGACAUCAGGGCAAGCUGCUUGAGAAUUCUCAACUACUUUUUUAAACAGUGUUUUCUGAAGGCUUAUGUGUGUUAUGAUACAACUGUGAAUUAUUCUACCUUAGGGACUCUGGUUAAACUAUUGUUGAGGAGCUCAGUGGUUUAUAUACAUCCCAGGUUCCAAUUCCUUUAUUACACAAAGCCCAUCUAAUUUUUUGUUUUGUUUUUAAUUUUAUUCUUUCUUUCUCUACUUAUUUAAAUUGCCACUGGAAUAAAUGUGCCUUUGAAGCAAUGCCCAAAUGACUGGUCGUCAGACAUAGUUUGCGUGGAGAGAGCAGUAAGAAUAAGCUUUUCUUACUUUACUGUAAAUCAGGGUCAAAACAUUCCAUCCAGGAGGGAAGGAAGAUGGUGUUGGUUUUAAUAUUUUCGUAGGACUGAAAGUAGCUUACCAGGAGAAAGGGAGCCAACCCACUAAUGUGGCUGUGGUUCUUAAUGCAGCCAUCAGGGGAGGUGAGAGGACACUAUUUUAGACCAAUGCCAUUUAUCCUUGCUUAAAAUUAAAAACAUAAUAUUCAGGAAUAACUGAGGCAGUUAUAUUAGGAAAGUCAGGAGCAUAUUACUUGAGUUGUAAGUGAAGAUGUUGAGUUAAAUAACAUUACCUUUGCAUAGUUAAACACUGGUAUCAUUUGGAUCCAUACUAUGGAAAUGAAUGGCAGUCACCCUAAAUCACUGAAAAAUUAGUGAACAUGUUCCUGAGAUCCUUUCUGACAACCACAUUGGCCAAUGUUAUUUAAGACAUUUCUCAUAAGUGAUAACCUGUACUUGAGAUAACAACUCUAGAUUAACACAAACCACUGAGGUGGCUUAUUUAAUUUAACUUAUCACACUUCCUGACAAGUCCUUUUGGUUAAGGGCCAAAUAAGUCAUUGAGUGGGGAGUCUUGACUUAAUAGUAUAAUUUAGAUCAAGCACAUAAGGUAGAUGAACACUUACCUCAGCACUUGGUAGGUUGGAACUCCUAAAAAGAUUGCUGUUUUUGUUUAUGCUUUUAAUCUCUACUGUAUUUGUAAACAGAGAGGCUUGGCACAAUUCCCUGGAGGAACCAGUAUCUUUGUGCGUUAAUUUGCACACAGAAGUUAACUUUUUAUAUGUCUGUAUUUAAUUUGGAACCUCUUAAUGGGAUCAUAAAUACACUUUGCACAUUUGCUGAUGGGUGUCAGUAUCUGAUCUUUUGCAAAGUGCAAGGAGAUCCCCAUUAGGUGAUAGAGGCUGAGAAUUUGUGCCUAGCACGGAUGUUAUAGCUAGUUAUACCUCAGCUGUAACUUAACUCAGUGCAUGUAUUCAAGAACAAUUGUGGAAAUCAGGAUAUUUCCACGUGCAAACUUAUUUGCAUGUCAUUGUUGUCCCUUCUAGAGCCCUAAAGAAUGUUGGUUUGGAAGCUAGAGAAAUAGGUUGAGGAGUGUUUGGUGGCUUCCUUGUAAAAUGGGACCUCCCCUUUCAGAAGGAACUUUCAAGGGACAGAAUUCUAAAAAAGGUCCAUGAGUUUGAGAACAAGAAAUAAACCCUGUAUUUGUCAUUUUAAGUUUUUGUUGGAGAUCUUCUCGGUCUACAAACAAUUCUCUUCUCACCCUGUGUCUUUGUCCUUAAGUAGAGGCCAUUUAAGGAUAAAAUUAUACCCAUAUCAUUUUCAAGUGGUUAUGAUGCAUGAGCCCAGUAAGGUGACACACUUUUCCCCUCAAAGUUUUCAGACCCACUAUGCCCCAGAGAGAAUGAGGACUCACUUCCUUCCCUUUGUUGUUUCCUUCCUUUACUUUCUUUUCUCCCAUUCCAUCUUAGUGUUUAUAUACCACAUAUAACAUUGACAAAAGGACAUUCUAGUUGAAAACAGUGGUUUGGCUUCACUUCCUGUUUGCAAAUAGAUAUAUGCUAUGUAGGACCAGGGAUGAUUUGUGAAACCGUGUAUGUUAUUUGCUAAAUUAUAUCAGAUUUCUGCCCAGAUAAAUGGUGAUAUUUUAGAUUCAGCAUAUAUUUACUGAGUCUCCAUUUGCAUGGAACUAGCCAAGUAUAUUAUUACAUAUUUCAGGGGUAAUAGGACAAUCAGAAUGAAAUAUCUUUAAAAAUAUUUUUCACAUUCUCCACUUUGCGAAUUAGGAUUCAGUUUUACUUUUAUUGUGUUCACCUGCUUGAAAUGUAGGACAAAUUAUAAAUGUAGAAUGUAAGAAUGUACUCCAUUAUCUCUGUAAACCUAUUUUGGCAGUGGAAUUUUGAAGCAUAUUAUGUAAUGCAUUUUAUUUUUACUUGUUAGUCAUGAUCUAGAUGACAUCUCAAGAAGUAGCGUCAGAGAGUCCUGCCUGGGAAAUGAAGGUGUUUGACUUUGGAGCCUGUCACCCUGGGGGUUGGUCUGUGGGGUUGACUCAGCUGAGUUAGUUGGUUAAAGGGGGUUGCUUUCUUCCCUGUCCUUGGCAGCUGCACCCUCAGGUGAAAGGGAUGACCUUCCCAGACAGAAGUGAGUUUUUUGGUCAUGUCAUGACUGGCUUGUAAAAAUAAGCGUGAUCUUUUCCGCUGUCCAUACACUUUCUAUAAAUAGCCCAGGAAGAAAGUAUGGGGCUUCAGAGCUAACCAGAGUGGCUUUCACAUGUUUCCAUUCAUAAAUCCUGCCCGUAAGUGCUUGCAGUUAAAAACCAUUUAGCCUAAUUCAUUAUGCCACUCCAGGGUAAUCAUUUCUAAGAAUGCAAAAUUGGGGGGAUGGAGGUGAUUUUUGUAAUUUUUUUCAGAUUUGGUGCUGAAUCUGAGGGCUCACAGCAAUAAUAAACAGGGAUUGUUACCUGCAAAUCUCUUCACAACUCUACGUAGUUAAUCUGCACAAAGCUAGAGUAAGAGACAGGUAUAAUAGGAACUAUCUCCAUUUCUAGGUUAUACCAAGGUGGCAGAAUCAAGUUUUCUUUUUUUUUUUAAAGAUUAAAGAUUUUAUUUAUUCAUGAGAGACAGAGAAAGAGAGAGAGAGGCAGAGGGAGAAGCAGGCUCCCAAGGAGCAGGGAGUCUGACGCGGGACUCGAUCCCAGAACCCUGGGAUCACGACCGGAGCCAAAGGCAGACGCCCAACCAUCUGAGCCACCCAGGCGCUCAGAAUCAAGUUUUCAAACUGGCAUUAGAAGUAGGGAUGGUUGUGUGCUCACUUGUGAGUGUUUGCUAGUUUGCAUGGCUCUGAUGCCUGGUCAAGCACAGAGACACCAACUGGAGAUGUGUAUCUCCAUAAUUAUAUAUCUAUGAUUAAUAAUAUCUAAUACCUAUUUUAUAUAUAGAGAUAUAUAAUUUAUCAUUGUAAAACAGCAAAGUGAGAUGUGGUUAUCCUUGAAUUUAGAUUAUAGAAUCUUAAAAAAGUGUACUUAGUUUUUAUCAUCUUGGGUUGUUCAUCUGUUGAAGUCUUCUACUGCUGACUUCACUCUGUCAGUAUCCUUUGAGUUGAUUUCCACAUUUGUCCACGUCAUCCUUUUAGUGAUCAUUGAGCACCUACUGCAUAUAAGACAUCAGGCAAGGAUCCAUCCAUAUUAUUACAGCUGUUACCCCUUUGCUGGCGGAACAGAGAUGGAAACACCAGAAAGCCCUCUAGCCAGGAACCAAACUCUGACCUUGGCCAUAGCAGAAUGUCUUAAGCCACUGAAUUUGGUUCUUUUCUCCUUUCUGUUAGCAUAGGAGCAAUGCAUAGAAUCUUACUUCAGUUAACAUGCUAACUUAUCCAGAAUCAAUUUCUUCCUUCCUUCCUUCCUUCCUCUCUCUCUCUCCUUUCCUCCCUCCCUCCCUCCUUCCCUCCCUUCUUUCCUUCCUUCCUUCCUUUUACUGUCUGCUCCUAGGCCUAUGUGAAUUUUGUGGCUAAAAAUAACUAGAGAAUUUAAUGUAGGAUGCAGGUGAAGGGAUAGCAGGCAUAUGUACUUGGAGAGAGUUGAAAAUUUUUAUCAUCACUAUUAAUUAAUAGGAAUGCUACUAACAACCACUUUUUGGGAGGUUAAUAGUAUUUAUGUCAUUAUGAAGCAAGUUUCAUCCAAAGUGCCUAGACUAUGAUGUCAUUAAAUGUCUGAAUUUCAUAGAUAGCAUACUUAUGUUUUAAAAAUAGGAGCUUCAAUCCGCAAAGGUGAACUCAUGUUCUUUAGCCUUUUUCUUCUUUUAAGGUCUUUGUGUUGUAAUCUAUAAAACAUGUCUUAGAAAAAAUUACUCUGGAGGAAAUUAUUAAAAAAAAAAUAUCAGAUGUGAAAAAGGAAGAAGGCAUGAGAGCAGGGGAGAACAAGGAGGAUUAGAUUCAAACAGAAUGGGAUAGCAAGUUCAACUGUGGACAAUUUCUCCUGAGUUUUAAAUUUUGUCCCUAGAAAAGCAUGUGAACUCCCAUGGUGUUAGCACUCAAAUGGACAGGCAAGGAAUUCUCUUUGGCAGCCUAACCACAUCCUGUAGUUUUUGACCUGAGCACCAGUGCCAAGGUAUAUUUUGAGUAGUACUCUUACCCUUGGCUUAAUGUCCUUAAUUUGUUUCCAUAAAAUUAGGACAUAAGGCAAAAAGGCAUUAGGGGAUAGCACCAGCCAAUUGUAAAUCACCUUUCGAAUCAUUUCUUUGAAGGACUAUCAAUAUCCUCUGAUAUAAAUUGCCUGACGAAAAGCAAACAAGUCUAGACAAACUGAAAAAAGAAAGCAUUCAUUGCUUAAGCUGAGUGAGCACCAUUGUAUUCCAAUGUGAUAGGCCGCACACCUUCCUGUUGAAGGUUUUAUUCCUUCAUCACUACUAUGAAUAAUUAUCUUUUAAUUGUGAAAUGGGUAUCAAUUCUUAAUUACUCUUCCAAAAAUCUAAUACAAAUUUUUGCUCUUGUUUCAAAAGAACAGAUGUAUUGCAUUUCUGGUUUGUAGAUUUCUAACUAGCUUGUAGACAUUUUUGUUUUAGAACAGCUUAAGAGUCUGUGAGCAAGUUGCAGAAUUAGAGUGUUUAUUUAUAGGUCAGGGGCCAAGAAUGCUCCAUUGGCUGUUAGCCGUGGCAGAAUGUGACUUGGGAAAGCUCUGAACACAUCCUUACGUGCAACAAAACGAUCACUUAUUUACUAUCUAACUCAAUGGAAAAGAGCCUUUUGUUUGAGCUUUGGGAAAUGUUCCCCAAUGUAUUGUGCUUCUAAAUGUGAUGCAUGAUCCUCAAUAUUUUUUGUUCUUGAACAGUCUCUGAAAGCUAUUCCAAACGUGGCGUUCCUCAAGGGAUAUUUCUUGAAUGUGCAAAAGUAUUCUCGAAUGUGUCAAUGUGGCAGGCCACCUUUCUCAUGCCUUACAGCUCCACCUAAAAUAUGCAAUAAGCACUCACGUAGGAGUGGAAGGGUCUUCAGAUGGUUAUAUAACCACGCCGUAGAAAUGGCCCUGCUCCUCAUGGCUCACACACCACACUGAGAAAGGACAUCAUGUAAAUAAACUUUUGUUUCUAGAUGAGGGGAGUACGGGGACACACGUUAAUUUCGUUUCUUCUUUUAGUUCCAUCUGUAAUUAGAAAGUGUAAUCUUUUUAAUAUGCUGGAUGCAAAAAAAGAAAAUAGGAAAACAUUUUAAAGAGGUAUUCUAAUUUUCUAUUUUAAAAUUUAUAAUAGCAGUUUGUUUGUAAAAACAGGCCUUAGCACAUAGAUGAGAACCAGCGCUUUUUGGAAAGCCUCAUCUUUGUCCUUGGGAGUUUAAUCACCUUGAGCUCUUAUCCAAAUGAUAAAGACCUAGCAGGUCUUUAAAAAUGUACAUAAUGUAUAGUUUAAAGAAGGGUAAAAAACAAAAAAAACCAUUUUUUUAAACGAAAGAAAACAGGUCAGAUAUGUUCUAGGUGUGUAACAAGGUUAAAUUAAACAUCUUUUAAAAAUUCUAGUUAAAAACUUCAUUAAAUUCACUCUUCCAGCAAGACUUAGCACAGAAGGUCUACUUUUCGACCAGGUUGAUUUCCUUUUCUGGAGACUAUGAGCAGAAUUAUUCUGACGAAGAAACUGAGUCCCAAGGCAGUAAGGGGAUGAGGCACAGUUCACUUCGAUGACGGUAUAACCACAGCAAAUGACAUAGCCGGGAAACUGUACAACCCUGGACACGUGCUUCUCGUUUCUGUGGAGUGGAAAGGAGUGUAGAGCCCCAUGCUAUCACUACACAGACCUGGAGAAGGCUGUCUGCAUUGCAGGGCUGGGGGUGACCCGGUGGCUGUUAAACUUUUAUCUGCAUAAAGCAUGUGGUAGCUCUAAACUCCUCAUUUCAGCCUUCUCCCAGGCCAUUCCCACCACCCUCGAAGCCUUCGGUUUCCACAACCUCUGCCUUGAAGACAAAAGGGUCUAGAAGGAUUCCAUGUGUAUUUAGGCCUUGUCCAACCAUCUGCCUUAUGAAGUUCAUCCAUUUCUAAACCAAGGACUUAAAUAUGAUUACUGCGCUUGGAUUUACAAGAAUGUACAAUCAGCAGGUCCCCUUUUGCAGUAAAGGGCAUUAAUCGAAGGCCAUACUCAUUUUUUCCCUCAGGUCAGAGGCGGAGGGAGAAUUUCAUUGACCAAAUAGAGACCUCCUUGUGUCAGUAUUUUUUUUUUUAAGUUCAUUUAAUGGUGAUAAUGGAGGGAGAAAGGAGUCAAGGAUAAUGCAGGCAUGAAGAAAGAAACCAAAAGAAAGAUCCCACUGCUUGCUAAAUUAAUUCUUCUUAGGCUGCCUGACUCCAGCCAUCACCCACAGCUGUAUUUAGCUGGCUAGAGAGGCUUCUCAGGAUGUGUGAACUUCCAUACAGGGACGAUGAUGUGAUUUCAAAUCAGUGGUGUUCUCUACCAGAGAAGCAUUACUCAAUCAUAAUUCCACAUUACCUGAUAAACCAAUUUAUAGAAAUAGAUACCACUUUGGUCAGUUCUGUGCAUGUAGCUAACAAAAUUGUGGCUCAUUUCUCUUGUAUAGUUUGCUAUGAUUUUGGUUUUCUAAGACAUUUGUUCCUUAUGGUCUCGAACAUGGAAUUCUAUAUUAAUAUUAUAACUGUGUAUUUUUUGCUGAAAAACAAAUGUAUGAAGUAAGAAUAAAUUAUUUG